AAAGCCACUCGGUCCGCCAGGCAUUUGAUUUGAAGACAGCGAGUGGAUCACUUACACACACUCCAGCACACACACACACACGCACACACACCCGUGUGGAGUAUCGCAGCUCGGAGCGGCUCGGACGGAGGGGGAGAACUGCACCUGUCCUGCACACACACACACUCUGUCCUCAGUCCGGACGUCCCUAUGUGUGGAUGGGACCAAAGCUACACGGCGACCUCUCAUAGCUCGGCCAUGUUGACCAGUGAGGGGGCACACGCCAUGGAGCAGCACGACGCGCACCAGGAGGCCAAGAUGGCUUCCGCCGCCACAGACGGAGCCGAGACGGCGACAGACACGGACGUCGACAUGGAGAUGGACGUGGAGGAGGCAGACAUGACUCGAUGGACGGAGUCGGAGUUCGAGGAGAAGUGCACAUACAUCGUCAAAGACACGGCGUGGGAGGCGGGGCCAGACGGUGACACCACCACCAGCAACACCACAACCAGAGCUGAGGCGUCGCUGCCCCGAAACCUGGCGUUCAAACACCUGGCUGAGAGCAAGGAGGUGGUCGGUGUGUGCAGCAGAGAGUACAUCCCCAAGGGAACUCGCUUCGGCCCCCUGGUGGGCGAGAUCUACACAGCUGACAGCGUCCCGAAAGACGCCAACCGAAAGUACUUCUGGAGGAUCUACGUGGACGGGGAGUUCCACCACUUCGUCGACGGCCUGGAUGAGACGCGCUCUAACUGGAUGCGGUACGUGAACCCGGCCCACUCGGCGGCAGAGCAGAACCUGGCGGCGUGUCAGAAUGGCGUGGAGAUUUACUUCUAUACGGUGAAGCCCAUCCCGGCCGGCGCUGAGCUGCUCGUCUGGUACUGCCACGACUUUGCCCGACGCCUCCACUACCCGCCGUCCGGAGAGCUGAUGAUGCAGAAACUCAAGCAGUCUCUCUUAGAGGUGAAGCAGCAGCAGGUGAUCAGUGAGGAGCGUUUGGUUGAAGCCUCCAGCCCGUCCACCGUUGCUGCGACCCCCACCCCACCCAAGAGGGAACACAGUGUCCUCUCCAUUUUGCGUGGCACCAACAGCACAUCCUCCUCGUCCAUGAAGAGGGAGCCCAGCCGGCCACUUCCCACUCGCCCGCGAUGCGCCGACAGUCCUGAGCGCCCCCUGUACCCUCGUGCCCUGUACCCAGCUCUCAGGCCUCACCCUCACAUCCCUGAAGACUUCCUGAAUCACAAGCCUGGCCAGCUUGGUUACCCUGCAAUUCGUUCCCCUGGCAACCAGUCUUCAGCCACACCCAGCCCAUCGGCGAGGAGCAGCCCAGACAGCAGCCCCCAGGGGAGCCCCUCGGGUCCUGCACCUUCCCCGGCUUCUUUCUACAACACCGGGCUGGGUUCCUACCCUGGUUACUCCCCACCAUCUGCCCCCCUCUCCACAUCCUUCUACCCUCCAGGAGCCCCCUACUCACGCUACCUCCUGCCCCAUCACUACCCUUUGCCUGGCGGUGGUGUGCCCACUAUUGGAGGAAUCUUCCCCAGGAUGUACCCCCUCUAUAGCAACCUCCUGCCCACUCACAUGCCCCUCCUGCCAUCGGACACCGCGGGGAGGCACUUCCUGAUGCCUGACCCUGUCCACCCCUCCUCCAUCUCCGCCCAUAGAGACUUCCUCCUUCCCGGGCCCACCAGUGCCUUCUCAGCUGCCACGUCUCUGAAGGACAAGGCCGGGCCUCACCACCCCUACUCUGGGCACCCUCACCCACAUGGACCAGCCCACGCCCCCUCCAGCGGCUCCCCAACAGCAGGCAUAUCACCUCCCAACGAGCAGGUGCCCACCAAGCCUACCUCAGCCCUCCUUGGUAAUACCAGCAAGCAUUGCUCCGAUGAGGAGGCCAUCAACCUGACCAAGGUGAAGCGUGGCGUGGGCUCAGCAGGCUAUAAGGCACUGCCGUAUCCGCUGAAGAAGCAGAACGGCAAAAUCAAGUAUGAGUGCAACGUGUGCAGCAAGACCUUUGGACAGCUGUCGAACCUGAAGGUUCAUCUUCGUGUCCACAGUGGGGAGAGACCUUUCAAAUGUCAGACCUGUAACAAAGGCUUCACACAGCUGGCUCACCUGCAGAAGCACUUCUUGGUCCACACAGGGGAGAAGCCACAUGAGUGCCAGGUUUGUCACAAGCGUUUCAGCAGCACCAGCAACCUAAAAACUCACCUGCGCCUCCACUCGGGCGAGAAACCCUACCACUGCAAACUCUGCCCAGCCAAGUUCACGCAGUUCGUCCACCUCAAGCUGCACAAGCGCCUGCACUCCCGUGAACGGCCACACAAAUGCCCCCACUGCCACCGCCACUACAUUCACCUGUGCAGCCUGCGGCUCCACCUGAAGGGCUACUGCCUGGCGGCUAACUCUGGCCCUGGCAGUCCAGCUCUCCCCAGUCAGGCUUCCUUGGAGGAGGUGCAGCGCGCCAACGAGGAGAUCGAGCGCUUUGACGUCAGUGAGCAUGCCGAGCGGCUGGAGCAGCUGCAGGGAGGCGUGGAGGUGGAGGCCAUGCUGGAGAAGCAGGUCUUGGGGAUGCUGUGGCGGGAGACUGACGUUAAGUCCCCCCACUUCCAUCCCCACCACAAGGGCGGCGCCGCCGAGCUAUUGUCUUCGAGUUACGGUGCAUACGAGUCCCUGAAUGAGACGUCGGUCAUCAAGAUGCGGCGCAGCAGCCCCAUCCUACCGCUCCCUGCCAAGGUCACCAUCAAGCAGGAGUCAGAGGAUCACGCUUAAGUGACCUUUAAACCCGAGGGACAAAGAGUCAAGACUGCAUGGCUCAAGGCGGACUGGGUUGCCAGGAGCAACAGCUGUAAAUAAAAAACUCUUGACCUGGUUGUCAUCAGCUGUGACAACAUGAUUACACCAGGAUCAUCAGGGACUCACGUACUCAGGGCUCAAGAGACACUGUCCCAUGACUACUUAACAGUUUCAAUGUUUAUUAUACUUAGAGACAAUCAUCUACCUAGGAUUUACCUUUAAUGUAAUUAAUAUAAUGCUAUUAUCAUUAUUGUUGUAUUAUUUGGUCUCCUUUUUCAAAUGUCUUUUUUUUUUGAUCAAUUAGUUGUUAUAUAACCCCCUUAAUUUAUUAUACUUUUUAUUUGUUGUCUUCAAAAGCAAUAAGUGGAAGGGAUGGUUACGCUGACGUGGUGAAAUCAGUGUAAAAGACUAUCUUUCUGUUAUUUUUUGUAUCUGUCUCUCUCUCUCUUUGUGGCCAUGUCUCUGUAGAUAGUCACUUUCUCUAUGCCUACAUCCGUCCUGCCACCUCUGACCUAUAGAACCAGGGGUUCCACUCUUCAGGGUUUUAUCUAUUUAAAUUUAGAAACCAAUGUUGCAGGUUUCAAAAGGGUUGAUGAACUUACAGCCAAAUUACGGCACAUAAAUUUGUUAAUUUAGCAAUGAGAGCUUUACUUCCCCACAGUGUGUCUGGGUCCUUUUCUGAUGCCUACUUAAUUUAAAUGAAACAAAAAAAGGGCAUUUUUAUGUAUAUUUUUCACAACGGUUACCUCAGUGUGCAUGUGAUGAUACGAGUGUGUGUGUGUUUAAAGGGAAAGCUAGGUGGGAGCUUUCUAUUUAUUUGCGUUGAUAUUUGCUACUUGAAGGAGAAGAAGAAGAAGAAACCAAACUGAAGUGGAGUGCAGCUCUUCAUGUGGUCCAAAGGAGCAGCAUGGCCUGCUCAACAUGUAGCACAUAAUGGACUCGGGAGGCUGGCUGGCCGCCGCCUCCCCUUGUCCCUCCUUUUGUUUUAUUUUUCGGCAACACUGUCAGCAGGGACGUGAACAUCCUCAGAUUUAGGGACUCACGCUUGAUGCUAGUAACCAAAGUUCACUUGGCUUAAAUUCUAAAUGCACACCGAUAAAAAAAAAAAGAGGAAUGAAAAAUCAAAACAAGGGAAGAAGGACAUAAGAAAUCAAAAUGCUGAAGAAGGGAAGAUGUACUGUGUGUAUAUGAUGAAGUGUUCGCCCUUUAGCUGUGGUCUCUUGUUUUGUAGAUGUUUUGUUGUUGUUCUUGUUGUUUGUUUGUUUGUUGGUUGAGAAGCAGUGGCCCCUUCUUCAACCCCACCCAUCAGCCAUCUUGUUAAUGAACUGGCAUACACCAAAGCACCUCGGCCUCCUUUUAUGCACUGGCCCCCCCCUCCUACUUUAUAACUUCAGUGCCGAUGCUUGCACCAUUUACACUGUGUACAAUAAUGAAACUGGUCAUACUGGCAUUGAGAGUCAACUUAAUGUUACUAGCAGCUGAGAUUUUCUGCAUCAGUUGUGCAUCAACAGCCUGUAACUCUGUGUCCUCUGAGUCGUUAUCUUUCUCUCUAACUAACAUUCGACCAAAGCGUCUCCUCCUCUGACCUGAGCUUUAACUCCAGAGGAGACCCCCCCCCCUCCAAAGGACUGUCUCUGUUUACAUUCUGGUUUACAUAGUUAUUUAUGUGCAAAAAUGUCAAAAAAUGUAAAUUAUGAUAUAAAUGUUCAUUGCUCUAAUCUAAA